AUGAGCUUAUUACAGACCGAUCCAGGCACCAGUCAAGAGCGCCCAAUGAGACGUCGACUGCUCUGGAUCGAUCACGUUCUUCUCUCCUGUAACCCAAUUUUCCGUUACUUCACUGUCUGCAUUCCUCGCAAGCAGACUUCUUCUACAUCUACCAGUCGAAGCGGCGAUACACAACGGGUAAGUUGAAGAGGUUUCCCCUCGGUUUAUUCAUCUUAUUCCUUUUCUCGACGUGUUCGAGGGUUCAUAGCAACGAGAAUUUUUCUGAACGCUUUGCGCCCACUGUGAGGGAGAAAGCUUUCCUUUGACUCGUUGUUAAUAGGGCCUAAUCGAAAUAUCGAAAACGGCCGAAAGAAAAAAAUGAAUGUAAUAAAUGUCAUCUGCAGAUACUCGAGAAACUAAAUGGAGCCGGAAGUCUUCUCAGUGAUGCCUCGGUUCAAAGUUUUGAUUCCAUUCCACGAGAAUCGGCGAGCAAAACAUUCAUCGAACAUAUGAACUACGGUACCAUCCAUUUCAAUCUGGAAUACGAUUUUGCCAGUAACAAAGUAAGUGUCGCGUGCUUCCCAGGACUCGGGCGAUGUGCUUAAUCCGAUUGGGCUGUACUGUGAGUGGCCUUAGGUUAUGCAUUAUUUAUUAUAAUCCCAAGAUUUCUGAAUAUUUCAACAACAAAUAUUAUUGCUUCAGGUUCUCAGAAAGCAGUGAUUCGGGGGGAUUGAGUUGAGACGAGGCGGCUCUUGGUUCCGGCCCGCAAUCCAGCCCUUUCCGGCUAGAUUCACGCGUUCUGAACAUCUCUUUACACUUCUUGCGAACAUCUUGUUAAUCUUGUCACAGGCGCUUCUAGAAAAGAACUAGCAGCAUGUUAAAAAAUAGAAAGGAUGGAACGCUAGCUAUAGUACACAUAAAAGAGUGCUCUAAUCCCUCAAAUUCACCGGAUGUUUUGAAUUUUAUCUCUUUCUGAAUUUCCCAGUAAAUUAUACGAAGGUAUAAUCGUAAAGUCCGUAGAAGAGGGAUGAACGCACUGGGCAAAAUUCUACAGACUUUAUGGUGCGGGGAAAAACAAAUAGGCAUGGGAACUGAAGAAUUUAUUUGUGAUGACAAAUCUCCCAGAAUAUCUAAGAACCUCGAAAGCUGCGAACAGGCAAAACAGUAUGUUAAUUAAGAUGGACAUCUCUUUCAGCUGGCCGUCACCAUCCUGGAAUGUCGAGAUCUGCCAGCAAUGGACAGAAAUGGGAUGUCUGAUCCUUAUGUUAAAUUAACAUUAAUCCCAGAUCGAAAACCAAAGUUCGAAACAAAAAUAAAACGGAAUUCUCUAAACCCGGUCUUCAAUGAGACCUUCCUCUUCAGCCUCAACUUUAAUGAGCUCCAGCGGAAGACCCUGCAGAUAGUUGUCUAUGACUUUGACAGACUCAGCAAGGACGACCGAAUUGGACAAAUUUCGAUUCCUCUGGAGAAUUAUGACUUCGGCGACGUCAGCGACCAAGUUAUGCACUUGCAGAAGCCUGAUAAUGAUAGUGACAUGGUAAGUGCAUUUCGGAUACUUUUUAUAUUCAUUGCUUUUGUCGCAUGGAAAUACAUUGUUUAGGAAUCCCGGCUAGGAGACAUUUGUUUCUCCAUGAGAUACAGGCCAGCCACCAGUACCCUAACUGUUACUAUUAUGGAGGCCAGAAACCUUAAAAAGAUGGACAUGGGGGGCUCCUCGGGUAUGUUUGUUGAGGAAAACGAUACACUGCCUUAAGGCUGUCACUGUCAAUUAUUUAUGCUUUCAGAUCCGUAUGUUAAAUUGUAUAUAUAUGAACAAAAAAAGCUGGUACAUAAAAAGAAGACAUCAAUUAAAUUCAAGACAUUAAAUCCAUAUUACAACGAGAGUUUCCAAUUUAAAAUCCCACCAGAACAAAUGGAAGUAAGUACAUUUAUCCGUAAUGACUUACUGUUUAGAGGGUACACAUGGUAGUGAGUGUGUGGGAUUAUGACAAGAUGAGCAAGAACGACUUCAUUGGAGCUGUUGUUCUCAGUUCUCCUCACCUGAACAUGAGUUCAUGUAGCCUAAUAAGUCAAGAGCAAUGGGCUGAGAUGAUGAUUACAAGAAGACCGGUGGUCAAGUGGCACACUUUACAAGGGCGGGAUAAGGAGUAG